AUGGCCGAAAGAAAUCCAUCGCCUCCCCGUUUGUCUGCAGAAGAACGGGAGCUCAUUGAGAGCGAUAACAUCGGCGACACUGUAUUCAGCAAGAAAUGGGUUCUUAGAACUCUCAUGAAGGUUGUAGAAAAAGUAAACUCCCAAAAUAAUGAUGCUAACCUUGAAAAUGACAGUCACGAAAGUGGAGAUGGYAUCGAAACACGAAGCGAUGCCGAGCCGGAGCAACAAGACAACCAAAAUUUAGAGGAUGAUUUUGAUGCGGAGUUGUGUGAGCUUUGGGAUAUGUCKAUGAACAAGGAUGUUGCAGCUUUGUUAAAUGAAGUGGAUAGUGCAGAUGUUUUACUCAACGCCGUUUUGAAGUCAAGAAAGACCAGACUCACGGAAAUUUGCAUUGGUAUUCUUGGCAAUAUGGCAUGUCAUGAUGAAGUUUGUGUUGAAAUGAUGAARAACAAUGAUUUUGURAACAUUAUUACUGCUUUCUUGGAAGAUGCAGAUACUCAAAUUCUGGUAGAAACAACUCGGUUGAUGCAUGUUUGCAUUAGUAAUGCCAAUGUAAGACAGCAAUGGAUUGACGCUAUCAAGAGAUCUUCAGCCAUYAAGAACUUUAAUUUUAUUAUGGAGAAUUCCUUGAAUGUUGAUUUGCUGACCAACUGUUGUCAUUUGGUYGAAAAAGUCUUGGAUUGUUGUGAUGAGCUUGUUGAGUUGUGGUCGGACAUUGAUCUUGUGACUGCAGUUUGUGAAGCUAUCAAGCAAACCAAAUUUGUCCACAUUGAUGUACUAGAGGUAUUACUGCACAUACUGCAAAUGGUUUCUACUGUUGAAAAUGGAGUGCAAGCUUUAGUGUCCUGCCCAGCUGUUGUGCCUUUGUUGUGUCAUUUUGUUGGUGAAUGUGGACACGAUGAGGGAGGAAUUAUUGUCGGCAGGGAGCUAUCACUCAUGUCCUCAUUUUCUGUUCUUAAUGUUAUUCUCAUGGCUGAACCACAGAAUGUACUCACUGCAAUGGGGAGAGAUCCACGAAUAAUGAAGAUUUUGAUGGGUCUAUUGGGAUAUUCCUGUAAAAUUCAUCGCAAGAGAUCACGGUAUUCUUUUUCSGAUGACAACACAACUCAGKCUACUGAGCAUGCUCCACAGCAAACAGCUGACAACAAUACAUCUACAGAAAAGAACGGCAACGAAGAUGAUGGCAGCAAAGGGCGUGAUGAUAAUCAUGACAACAGAAGAUCGUGUGAUAAUGAUGAAACUGAUGAUAAUACUAUGCAGUCAAACCCUAUUUACAGCAGACAUAAUUCUUCUCAAGAUGGUAGUACAUCAGAUGAAGGCCUGGACAAGCUGAAUGUCCAUCACCAAUACUUUACUGUUGCUGUUGAUUUUCUUAAAGACAUACUCACUGAAGCAUCUGUGAUUGUACACUACUCCAAGCGCAUUGAUGCAUACCGUGAUAUGAUUGAAGACUUGGUUGAUGCAACACUAAGUACACCAGAACUUUCAUCCCUUCAUGAAAGCUUGACAUAAGAUAUUGAUAAUCAAUGGAUAUAAUUCUAAGGGAUUGACCAUUAGCAAAGUAAUGGCAGCACAGAAAAUGCAAUGGUUGGAAUGGUGGUCCUGGUUGGAGUGCCCUCACUUUUAACCUYGAUUGGAUCGCUCUCAUACCAUUGAAGAGAAUCAUGCUCAAUAGCUUGUUUUGUUUCAAAUGAAUAUCCAAUGUUGUUAUGUAUUUAUUUUAUUAUAAAAAUAAACUGUAUUUUAAUUAUCAGAGUA